AUGUCUGCAGACCCAUUGCUUUAUCCAAUGGAAUAUUCUAUCCGCCAAGAAGAAUGGCUCGACCUUGACGACCUGUUUGCAUUCCCGUUAGAUUAUUUCGACAGCAACCCUACCUCUGUCAACUCUAUUUCUCCUCGAGAUUACGAUCUUUCCCUCACCGAUGCUGAAGUAUUUAACUGGGACUCCAGUCCUAUAAUGCCAUCCCAGCAGUUGUUCUCUGAAUUCGUGAGCUAUGAGCCUACACUGGAAGAGGUCACGCAGCCUGCAUCAGACAUUUCCCAGUCCUUCAUCAACCCUAACGAUGUCUUCCAGCCCACUCCUCCACCUCAGGAAGGGCAUAUGGGGUCAGGGCUCGAUAGCAUGUGGUUUUCCGAUACGCCAAAUCUUAACGACCCCUUCUACUCUUCUGUUCGACAAAUAGUUGAGUCCACCGCUGCCUUGGAUCCACGUUGCUCCUCCCAGAAAGAGAAGCGAAGAGAGGCGUCCAUUGCUCUACACAUGCAACGUCUUCAAAAUGCUUCUGCCUCGGAUUCAGAUUCGCAGUCUUAUUCAAACAAGAGUUUUCCGUCUCCAUAUUGGCCUGACACGCCGCCUGGAAUACCGCCUCAUAAUCGUUCCUGUCUCAGCCCGGCGUCCCCUCCCCUUUCGGAUACCACCCAGAAGUCAUCCACCCCCAGCUCUGCAUCAGAAUCUGCGGCUACGGGGAUGCAAUUGGUCUUAGAUCUCAACAUGAACAUGACCACAAAUGUGCCAAGGAAGCAAAAGCCAAGGUCGCGGGCUCAGAAAGAAAACUACAUCAAAGCCCGUAAAUACGGGGUUUGCGAGAAACACAGAAAGCAGCACAAGAGGUGUGACUGUCUUGAGAAGGCAGCAGUAUCCCAUCUCAGCGGAAAUGGAUCUUCAAGUGUUGGUCCCGACAGGGCACUUGGGCUGAACUUCAACAGCCAACAACUACACACCAAUCCACCUCUACAACGUCAUGUCAUGAACGCCGCGAAAUCUGCAAACGUGAUCCAACCAUCUUCACCAGAAAUGCAGCCAGCCAGGGUGCCCAGGCCGGAUCUAUCCCCUACUCGCUCUGUCAGGCCGCUUGUACCAGCGGGUGUUCAGUGUUCAGUGAUAUCACAGAGCCCUCACCCAUUUCCACCUGGAGAAAGCAGCUUGUCAAAUACUCCCGCCAGUUUCGCAGUUUCCGGAUAUACAGCCAGCUCAGGCAAGCACCAGUUCAAGAUCCGGCCUCUCGAACGGAGGUCUCUCCAACCGCUAUGCGAAUUGGCAGAUUCUCGACCUUCGUCUGUCAACCGCGACGCUUCAACCGUACAACUCCCCAAAAUUGCAGGCAUUUCUCGUGCGAAACAAGCGGGAACAGUCGUUCACAAGACCACGAUUGGACUGCUUUCAUUUUGGCAAGGCUCGUCGGCCUUAUCUUCUCUUGCGGGCAGUAUCUUCGGUAGACUUUUCAUGUUCUCUUCUGGACUUUACAUGCGUUCUCGGAAGGGAAUUGGGCUCUUUUUUUGA